CACCAGGAAAAAAGAGUCGGGCACAGCAACCGACCGGAAAGGGUCCAAGAGCCGGCGGCCCAGACACCUUGGCUCCCGGUCUGGCUGGUGCUCCCUGGUCGGCUCCUGGCUCCGCCUCCGCCCUCCAGCCCGAGCUGCGCACGCGUCGCUGGAGAGGCCACCUCCCCGAUGUCCGGCUGGAGGCGGGGCUGCGCGUCCCGCACGGGUUACGCUACUGUCAGAGCCGCGCAAGAGCCAGUAUACCGAGCCGGUCUCGCGGGACGGGUACCGGAGGGCCCGCACAAGAGGAAGGCGUGCGGGGGGCUGGCCUCUGAGUCCACUACCGCUGAGGAAAAUGGUGUUCGAGUCGGUGGUCGUGGAUGUGUUGAACCGCUUCUUGGGGGACUAUGUGGUGAACCUGGACAAGUCCCAGCUCUCUCUGGGCAUCUGGGGAGGAGCUGUGGCUCUGAAGAACCUGGAAAUUAAAGAAAAUGCCCUGAGUCAACUGGAUGUACCAUUUAAAAUUAAAGUUGGUCAUAUAGGCAAUCUAAAUCUUAAAAUUCCAUGGAAAAACCUGUAUACUCAACCAGUUGAAGCUGUACUGGAAAACAUUUACUUACUCAUAGUGCCUUCUUCUAUAAUAAAAUAUGAUCCUUUAAAAGAAGAAAAGCAACUCUUGGAAGCAAAGCAGCGGGAACUAAAAAGAAUAGAAGAAGCAAAACAAAAAGUAGCUAAUCAAGAAAAACACUUGGUGGAGAAACAGGACACUUUCACAGAAAAAUUAAUUACUCAGAUCAUAAAAAAUCUUCAAGUGAAAAUUUCCAAUAUCCAUAUUCGUUAUGAAGAUGAUAUCACAAAUCGAGAAAACCCACUGUCAUUUGGUAUUUCCCUUCAAAAUCUCAGCAUGCAGACGACUGAUCAAAACUGGGUUCCUUGUUUACAGGAUGAAACUGAGAAACUCUUUCGUAAGUUAAUCCGAUUGGAUAACCUUUUUGCCUAUUGGAAUGUGAAGUCUCCGAUGUUUUAUCUUACUAGUUAUAAUGAUUCAUUGGACAGCUUGAAGACUGGCAUUGUCAAUGAAAAUAUUGUUCCAGAAGGUUAUGAUUUUGUAUUUCGCCCCAUAUCUGCAAAUGCCAAACUUCAGAUGAAUCGCCGAUCUGAUUUCGACUUUUCUGCCCCCAAGAUAAACCUGGAUGUUGAGUUACAUGACAUAGCAAUUGAAUUUAAUAAACCACAGUAUUUCAGUCUUAUGGAGCUUCUUGAAUCAGUUGAUAUGAUGACACAAAAUCUACCAUAUAGGAAAUUCAGACCUGAUGUACCUGUUCACAACCAUGCCAGAGAAUGGUGGGCUUAUGCUAUACAUGGUAUUCUUGAAGUAAACGUUUGCCCCCGCUUACGGAUGUGGUCAUGGAAGCAUGUUAGAAAACAUAGGCAAAAAAUGAAGCAAUACAAAGAACUAUAUAAGAAAAAAAUAGCAAGUAAGAAGCCACCUGGUGAACUUCUCUACCUUUUGGAGGAGUUGGAAAAGACCCUGGAUGUAUUUAGUAUAACUGUAGUGAGACAACAAGCAGAAGUUGAGGUGAAGAAAACUGGAUACAAGAUUUACAGAGAAGGAACAAAAGAUUCAGAGGAAAAUAAAGGAUGGUUUAACUGGUUGUGGAGUUGGUCAGAAUCAAAAACUGAAGAACAGCAACCAGAUAUUAAACCUGGAAGCCUUGAAGAAAUCUUGACACCUGAAGAAAAAACUUCACUUUAUGAAGCAAUUGGCUAUAGUGAAACAGCAGUUGAUCCAACCUUGCCAAAAUCAUUUGAAGCCAUGAAGUUCUAUGUACACUUGAAAAGUAUGUCUAUUGUCCUAAGAGAACAACAAAAACCUGAGCUGUUAUAUAUUGUAGUAGAAGAAUUUAGCACUUUGAUUGUACAAAGACCGGGAGCACAAGCAAUUAAAUUUGAAACAAAAAUAGAUUCCUUUCACAUUACUGGCUUACCAGACAAUUUAGUAAAACCCCGCCUUCUGUCUUCAUUGGAUAGUGCUACAUCACUUUUCCGGAUUACAUUCGAGACAAAUCCAUUAGAUGAAACUGUUGCUCAAAGGUGUAUUAUAGAAGCUGAACCUUUAGAAGUGAUAUAUGAUGCAAGAACAGUGAAUAGUAUAGUGGAAUUCUUCAGACCUCCAGAACAGGUCAAUCUAGCACAGCUCACUUCAGCAACUUUGACAAAACUUGAAGAAUUUCGUGAUAAGACAGCAACAGGUCUGCUAUAUAUUAUUGAAACACAGAAAGUUCUUGAUCUCAGAAUUAAUUUGAAAGCUUCAUAUGUUAUUAUCCCACAAGGUGGAAUUUUUAGCCCAACGUCAAAUCUGCUUCUUUUGGAUCUUGGUCAUUUAAAGGUAACGAGUAAAAGUCGUUCAGAAUUACCAGAUAUGAAACAAGGUGGGGCCAAACUUGAAGAGCUAAUGAACAGAGCUUACGAUUCUUUUGAUAUUCAGCUUACAAGCAUACAGCUGCUUUACAGCAGAGUGGGUGAUAAUUGGAAAGAAGCACGAAAACUCAGCGAAUCUACACAACAUAUUUUGGUACCUAUGCACUUCAGCGUGGAAUUCUCGAAGGCCAUAGUUUUCAUGGACAUAAGGAUGCCUAAAUUCAAGAUUUUUGGGAAGUUACCACUGAUUUCUUUAAGAAUUUCAGAUAAAAAACUUCAAGGGAUUUUGGAAUUGAUUGAAAGCAUUCCAAAACCCACACCUGCAACUGAAGUGCAUGCCCCUGUCAAACCAUUUCAGACGCGAAGGUCCACUUCUAUGGGAGCAUCACAGAUAUCACAGAAAGUGAUUCCUCUAUUGGAACGGAAACUUGUGGAAGACGAUUCAGAGGAGGAAUUUUAUGAUGCACCAUGUAGUCCCUUGGAAGAACCUUCUCAGCCAACAACUAAAGUUAAAAGUUAUCAACCAAAAGAGCUCCAAAAGCUGGAUGGUUCAAAAAAUAUAAUUCAGUAUAAAAUAAGAUUUGAAGUACCAGAGGUAUCAGUUCAAUUUUAUCACCGUGUUGAAGAUUGUGAACUACCUGUGGUAGAAAUUCUUGUUUUAGGAUUGGGCACAGAAGUAGAGCUUAGAACAUUUGAUUUGAAAGCCACUGCCUUUUUGAAAGAAUUCUGCCUAAAAUGCCCGGAAUACUUGGAUAAAAACAAAAAACCAGUUUAUUUGAUUACAACACUGGAUAACACAAUGGAAGACCUGUUAACACUGGAAUAUGUGAAGGCUGAAAAUAAUGUACCAAACUUGAAAAGUUCCUAUAAUAAUGUUGCACAACUGAUUAAGGUGAAUUUUUCCUCUUUGGAUAUUCAUUUGCAUACUGAAGCACUUCUGAAUACAAUGAAUUAUUUUAAUAAUAUUCUUCCACAAUUGGAGGAAAAAUCAGCCUCAGUGUAUGUUGCAGACACUGAAGACAAAGGAGGGGUCAUUAAAAAAAUAUCAUCAAAACGAUCCAAGAGUGAAGAUAUUAUUACCCUGCAGAUUUUAGCAGAACUGUCAUGUUUACAGAUCUUUAUUCAAGAUCAGAAACGUAACAUUUCUGAAAUUAAGAUUGAAGGGCUUGAUUCUGAGGUAAUUAUGAGGCCUUCAGUAACUGAAAUAAAUGCAAAGCUAAGGAAUAUAAUUGUUUUGGAUUCUGAUAUAACAGCUUUAUACAAAAAGGCUGUUUAUAUCACUGGAAAAGAAGUUUUUAGCUUCAAAAUGAUUUCUUACGUGGAUGCAACUGCUGGUUCUGCAUACACAGAUAUGAGUGUGGUUGACAUUCAAGUUAAUUUAACCGUUGGUUGCAUUGAAGUAGUCUUUGUCACAAAAUUUUUAUAUUCUAUAUUGGCAUUUGUAGAUAAUUUUCAAGCAGUUAAAGAAGCCUUGGCUGAGGCAACCGUUCAGGCAGCAGGAAUGGCUGCUACUGGUGUAAAAGAAUUGGCACAAAGAAGUUCUAGAUUGGCAUUAGAUGUUAACAUCAAAGCCCCAGUUGUGUUCAUCCCACAGUCCCCUGUUUCUGAAAAUGUUUUUGUUGCUGAUUUUGGACUAAUUACAAUGACCAAUACAUUUCAUGUGAUAAAGAGCCAGAGCAACCCUCCACCCAUUAUGGAUCUGAUUACAAUAAAACUGAGUGAAAUGCGACUAUAUAGGUCUCAAUUUAUUAAUGAUACAUAUCAGGAAGUGUUGGAUCUACUGCUGCCAUUAAAUCUUGAGGUGAUUGUUGAGCGAAAUUUAUCCUGGGAAUGGUACCAGGAAGUUCCUUGUUUUAAUGUAAAUGCUCAACUAAAGCCCAUGGAGUUUAUUCUUAGUCAAGAAGAUAUAACAACUAUUUUUAAAACAUUAAAUGGUAACAUAUGGUAUGAAGGUGAUAAUGUCUCACCGGCUGGAAUGAAAGAUCAGAACAGUGGUACUAGUGGAGUAAAUAACACAUCACAUCAUUCAGGAGGAACGACUGUAGUGACAGCUGCUGUGGUAGAAGUGCAUUCCCGUGCCUCUCAAGUGAAGACAACACUGAACGUGAGUUUCAGAACUGAUUAUCUCACCAUGGUACUGUACAGCCCAGGUCCUGAACAGACUUCCUUUACAGAUGUUCGUGAUCCUGCGCUGAAACUCGCUGAAUUUAAGUUGGAGAAUAUAAUAAGCACUUUAAAAAUGUAUACAGAUGACUCAACAUUUUCUGCCUUUUCAUUAAAAAACUGUAUUUUAGAUGAUAAAAGGCCUCAUGUCAAGAAGGCAACUCCUAGAAUGAUAGGGCUGACAGUUGGAUUUGACAAAAAGGACAUGAUGGAUGUAAAGUAUAAGAGAGUCAGAGAUGGUUGCGUGACUGAUUUGAUCCUUCAAGAAAUGUAUAUCUGUGCAAGUGUGGAAUUUCUGCUGACUGUUGCAAAUGUCUUUUUGGAGGCCUACACCACAGGCACUGCUGUGGAAACCAGUGUUCAAGCAUGGACUGCUAAGGAAGAAGUACCUGUACAGGAACAAGAGAAGUGGGAAAUUAAUAUUAUUAUUAAAAAUCCUGAAAUUGUGUUUGUGGCCGAUAUGACAAGAAAUGAUGCUCCUGCAUUAGUCAUUACAACACAAUGUGAAAUUUGUUGGAAGGGCGACCUUGAGAAUAAUACAAUGACUGCUGCUAUUAAGGAUCUCCAAAUGAGAGCAUGCCCAUUUCUUCCAGACAAGAGAAAAGACAAAAUCACUACAGUUUUGCAGCCCUGUGAUUUAUUCUAUCAAGCUACACAGAUAGGUACAGAUCCACAAGUGAUUGAUAUAUCAGUAAAAUCUCUGACACUAAAGGUUUCACCAGUUAUCAUAAAUACUGUGAUCACCAUAACUUCAGCACUUUAUACAACUAAGGAAACCAUCCCACAAGAAACUGCUUCUUCUACAGCACAUUUAUGGGAAAAGAAAGAUAUAAAGAAUUUAAAAAUGUGGUUUCUUGAAGAACCAAAUGAAGUUCAAAACAUAGCUCCCACACCUGAAUUGGUACCCAAAGGAGAGAGAAUAAAAAUGAACAUUGAUUCUAUUUUUAUAGUUCUUGAGGCUGGAAUUGGUCAUAGAACAGUGCCUAUGCUUUUGGCAAAAUCAUGUUUUUCAGGGGAAGGCAAAAACUGGAGUACCCUCAUAAAUCUCCACUGUCAGCUGGAGCUAGAAGUGCAUUAUUACAAUGAAAUGUUUGGUGUAUGGGAACCUUUGCUUGAACCCUUAGAAAUUGAUCAGACUGAGGAAUUUAGACCAUGGAAUCUUGGAAUCAAGAUGAAAAAGAAAGCAAAACAGGCCAUUGUUGAAUCAGAUACUGAAGAAGAAAAUUACAAAGUGCCAGAAUAUAAAACUGUCAUCAGUUUCUAUUCAAAAGACCAAUUAAACAUUACAUUAUCCAAAUGUGGUAUUGUAAUGUUAAAUAAUUUAGUCAAGGCAUUUACAGAAGCUGCCACUGGAUCUUCAGCUGUCUUCAUAAGGGAUCUAGCACCAUUUAUGAUUGUAAACUCUCUUGGACUUACCAUCUCUAUUUCACCAAGUGACUCUUUUUGUGUACUCAAUGUUCCAAUGGCAAAAUCAUAUGUAUUGAAAAAUGAGGAGAGUUUAAGUAUGGAUUAUGUCCGAACAAAAGACAAUGAUCAUUUCAAUGCAAUGACCAGCCUAAGCAGCAGACUUUUCUUCAUCCUUCUUACACCUGCUAACCACUCUACUGCUGAUAAAAUUCCUUUAACAAAAGUGGGACGCAGACUAUACACUGUAAGACACAGAGAGUCUGGAGUUGAAAGAUCUAUUGUUUGUCAAAUCGAUACAGUUGAAGGAAAUAAGAAGAUAACAGUUCGCUCCCCGGUGCAGAUUAGAAAUCAUUUUUCAAUCCCACUUUCAGUUUAUGAAGGGGAUACUUUACUGGGAAUAGCUACACCUGGAAAUGAAUUUAACAUACCAUUAGCAUCUUACAGAUCACUUUUUUAUCUGAAGCCAGAAGACAAGGACUAUCAAAUGUGUGAAGGAAUUGACUUUGAAGAAAUUAUAAAAAAUGAAGGCACUUUUCUUAAGAAGAACUGUAGAUCUGUAAACCCUUCUAAGAAACCAUUUAUUAUUAAUGUUGUCCCAGAAAAAGAUAAUCUAACAUCUCUGUCAGUGUAUUCAGAAGACGGUUGGGACUUACCAUACAUAAUACAUUUGUGGCCACCUAUCCUACUGCGAAAUCUUCUUCCUUACAAAAUUGCUUAUUAUAUUGAGGGGAAUGAACAGAGAGUUUUUACUCUAAAUGAAGGAUGUUCUGCCCAUAUUUGUACUGUGCAACUGGAUAAGGCCAAGAUACAUUUAAAACUACUUGACUAUCUUAAUCAUGAUUGGAAAAGUGAAUAUCAUAUAAAACCUAAUCAACAGGAUAUUAGUUUCAUCAAUUUUACCUGUGUUACAGAAAUAGAAAAGACUGAUUUAGAUAUUGCUAUCCAUGUGACUUAUAAUCCUGGCCAGACAGUUGUGGCAUUUCAUAGCCCUUAUUGGAUGGUCAAUAAAACUGGUCGAAUGUUACAGUAUAAAGCAGAUGGAAUUCAUCGAAAGCAUCCACCUAAUUAUAAAAUGCCAGUUCUCUUUUCUUUUCAGCCCAAGCACUUUUUUAAUAACAAUAAGGUUCAGCUUAUGGUAACUGAUAGUGAAUUGUCAGAUCAGUUUUCAAUUGAUACUGUUGGGAGUCAUGGAGCAGUUAAGUGUAAAGCCCUGAAAAUGGAAUAUCAAGUUGGUGUCACUAUUGGCCUUAGCAGUUUUAAUAUUACCAGAAUUGUGACAUUUACCCCUUUUUAUAUGAUUGAAAACAAAAGCAAGUAUCGUGUAUCAGUGGCUGAAGAAGGAAAUGAUAAAUGGCUCUCUCUUGAUUUGGAGCAGUGUAUCCCCUUUUGGCCUGAGGAUGCUUCAAAUACACUUCUUAUUCAAGUUGAAAGAAGUAAAGGCCCUCCCAAAAAGAUACAUUUUAACAAGCAAGAAAACUGUAUUUUAUUGCGUCUGGAUAAUGAGCUUGGAGGUAUUAUAGCAGAAGUUAACUUGGCUGAGCAUUCUACAGUUAUUACAUUUUCAGAUUAUCAUGAUGGGGCAGCUACAUUCCUGUUAAUAAAUCACACUAAGGAAGACAUUAUUGAAUAUAGGCAAAGUUCUCUCAGUGAAAUAGAAGAUUCUCUCCCUCCUGGAAAAGCAGUAUUUUAUACGUGGGCCGAUCCAGUGGGCUCUAGAAACCUGAAAUGGAGUUGUGGGAAAUGCUACGGUGAAGUGACACAAAAGGAUGAUAUGAUGACAGCUAUAAAUUCGGGGAAAAAGACUAUUUAUUUAGUUUCAUUCUUUGAAGGCUUACAGCGCAUUAUUUUAUUCACUGAAGAUCCAAAUGUAUUUAAAGUGACAUAUGAAAAUGAGAAAGCAGAAUUAGCAGAGCAAGAAAUUGUUUUGGCAUUACAAGAUGUUGGAAUUUCUCUCGUCAACAAUUACACAAAGCAAGAAGUAGCCUAUAUUGGCAUUACAAGUUCUGAUGUGGUUUGGGAGACAAAGCCUAAGAAGAAGGCAAGAUGGAAGCCAAUGAGUGUAAAGCACACUGAGAAAUUAGAGAAAGAAUUUAAGGAAUAUAUUGAAUCUUCACCUUCAGAAGAUAAGGUUACUGAGUUGGACACUAAUAUCCCGGUUGUCUUUACACCUAAUGGUAGUACAUGAAAAUUCUGCAACCACAUGAAAUAGCUAUACGCGAAUUAUCUGCCAGCAUUAAAAGUGGAAUAUAACACAUCUGCACAUCAGUCAUCAUUUAGAAUUCAAAUUUAUAGAAUACAGAUCCAAAACCAGAUACAUGGUGCUAUAUUCCAUUUGUAUUUUAUCCUAUUAGACCUCCCAAGUCAGUCACCAUGGAUUCAGCACCAAAGCCUUUUACAGACGUCUGUAUUGUCAUGAGAUCUGCAGGGCAUUCCCAGAUAUCGCGCAUUAAGUACUUCAAAGUGUUGAUCCAGGAAAUGGAUCUCAGGUUAGAUCUUGGGUUUGUCUAUGCUUUAGCAGAACUUAUGACAGAAGCCGAAGUAACCGAAAAAACAGAGGUUGAACUUUUUCAUAAAGAUAUAGAAGUUUUCCAAGAAGAAUAUAAAACAGUGUCAUUAGCAGAUUCAUCACAAGUCAGUCUCUAUGAGUACUUUCAUAUAUCUCCUAUCAAGUUGCAUUUAAGUGUUUCACUGAGUUCGGGUAAAGAAGCAGUUGAAGAAUCAGAAAAACAUGUAGGAUUUAUUGCAAUCCGUUCUUUAAAUCUUUUGUUGAAGAGUAUUGGUGCCACUCUCACAGAUGUGCAAGAUGUAGUUUUUAAACUUGCAUUUUUUGAACUCAACUAUCAAUUUCAUACAACAUCUGAACUACAGUCUGAAGUAGUAAGACACUAUUCCAAACAGGCCAUUAAGCAGAUGUAUGUACUCAUUCUUGGACUUGAAGUUUUGGGAAAUCCCUUUGGCUUAAUUAGAGAAUUUUCUGAAGGUGUAGAAGCAUUUUUCUAUGAACCUUACCAGGGGGCCCAUCCAGGGUCCUGAAGAGUUUGUGGAGGGAAUGGCACUAGGACUGAAGGCAUUAGUUGGUGGAGCUGUGGGUGGAUUAGCCGGUGCUGCCUCCAGAAUCACCAGUGCCAUGGCGAAAGGGGUUGCGGCUAUUACCAUGGAUGAAGACUACCAACAGAAGAGAAGAGAAGCCAUGAAUAAGCAACCAGCUGGUCUUAGAGAAGGCAUCACUCGUGGAGGAAAAGGCUUAGUUUCUGGUUUUGUAAGUGGCAUAAAAGGAAUUGUUACAAAACCAAUCAAAGGAGCUCAAAAAGGAGGAGCAGCUGGUUUCCUUAAAGGUGUUGGGAAAGGGUUAGUUGGCGCUGUGGCAAGGCCAACUGGAGGCAUCAUAGACAUGGCUAGCAGUACAUUUCAAGGGAUAAAAAGGCCAACAGAGACUUUUCUGAUGAUAAGUGCCGAGUCUGCGACCCCCCUAGGUUCUUUAAUGAGAUAGGACGUUAUUUCGACCUUACCGGUUGCGGGAUGGUCCACUGGAAAUCAACAUGUUACCGGUCAUAGAAAAUGGAAGAUUUGCAAAAUACAAAUAUUUUACCCAUGUCAUGAUCAACAAAACAGAUAUGUUAAUGAUAACCAAAAGUGGUGUAUUAUUUGUAACAAAGGGAACAUUUGGACAGCUUACCUGUGAGUGGCAGUACAGUUUUGAUGAGUUUACCAAAGAGCCAUUCAUUGUUCAUGGGAGAAGACUGCGCAUUGAGGCAAAGGAACGAGUGAAGUCUGUAUUCCAUGCCAAAGAAUUUGGAAAAAUAAUUAACUUCAAGACCCCAGAGGAUGCUAAGUGGAUCCUCUCAAAGCUGGAAGAAGCGAGAGAACCUUCCCCGAGCCCCUGAUGGAGAACACUGCCUGAAGACGCACAGUAAUUAACCUUUACAGUUGCCACUUUAUACCUUCCAAAACCUGUUUGGGAAGAAUAAUGCAGAAGUAACUUCAAGUACAUAAAAAAAAUACGUGUCAGUUAGAAUCAAGUAAAACAGCUAUGUGAUUAAAAUAUUUCAACUCUUUGGGACUCCAUCUGGCUUUCUAACUUGAAUCAUGCAUCAGGUUAAAAUUCUAAUUACUUUAUAAAAGAAACGUUUCUUUUAUAAAUCUUAAGUAUUUGCUCCAGAUGAUUCUCUGCAAUGGUGGAGAAAUUACUUGUAUUUAGCCUUUACAUGGAGCUAAGUUUAAUAUUCCUAGUUUACACUUUAAACCUUCCUCAUGCUUACGUCACACUCCCUGAAUAAGUGAGGGGAGUGAUCACAUCAGUGAUCAAAUCAAACAUUGCCUCAGUGGUAUCAAGAGAACUUGAGUGGUGGUUUCUUUAGAAACAUGAAAUUCUUUUUACAGAUAAAUAUUUUGGUAUUAUUUUCCUUAUUUUUAUAAAGAAUAAGUUGGAACUAUAAUUCAAAUACACAGCAUGAAUAUAAAAAACAACCUUUUUAUAUGUAUAUACUGCAAUUUAAAUGAUGCUAUUCAAGCCUCCUCUAAAGAAAGGCUUGAAAGAUGAGUGUCAUACCACACAAGAGAAGGCCCGUCUCAGAACUCCAAAGCCUUAGAAACACAUCCUCAAGCCAUGUCCACGGGAUCUACUCGGUUCACCCAGGGCACGUUUUUAGUAGAUUACUGAACUUUGAAGGAAUAUUCCUGAAGCCUUAACAGUACCAACUUUCCACUCAGUGGGAAUGUGAAAUAAACAGAAUUCCCACCACCUUAAAUAGGAGUUAUGCUUCAGAGCAGAGAGCCCCUCCCCCAAUAAAUGUAUGUAUUCUAAAGUCUAACCCAGUAACCUGUGCCCUUGGUCACAGACUGAGUUUCUGGUUUUCCUUCCUCUAUAGUUAGUCAAAUGAGAAUCAUUCUUUUAAACCUAUAGUUCAUCAAACAAAAACCACAGCAGCACGUUAGUAAAAAUAAGGUCAUGGGUUCUUUUCCAUGGUUUUGUUCAAAAACCUUGAUAUUAAUGGACUUUCUCAAGUGAAAGGGGAUGAAUAUUGAUUGUGAACCAGGAAGAAAAUGGUGCAGUGUCUUAUUUAGUUAUUAAACAAUACAGAGUAUUUGAUGCAUGUUGUAUGUGCCAUAAAAUUAUUAUAAACUGUUUUUGGGAUUGGAGACUGUUUAGUAAAUGGUUGUGAAAUGCUCCUCAGAUUCCUCAAACCCUUGCUUUGUUGUAAAAGCUAAAAUAAACAGCAUGCCAGACUGUAAUUAUAUUUCUUCCUGACCAAAUCCUGCCACUCAGUACUGUUGAUUUUCCUAUGAUUAUAAAGAUAUAUUGCUUGCUAUCAAUAGUUUCUCCCAGAAUGUUUUUUCUUUGCUGGACAUAAAUUGAAUCAAAAGAUAACAUAUUUCAAAUUACAUGGUACUAUGGGGUCCCUUGAUGACCUUUGUUCAAAGUCACAUAUACAUUUUCUGUUGCUAAGCUCUUCAGUUUUGUGUACCUCAGAAUGAAACCUGGGAGUAGAGGUAGUCAGAAAACUCAGCAGAUUGCCUUUGUCUGAAAAAUGUUCCUUUACUGGAUUUCCGUUCAGUGCCAUUAGCCAAGUACCUCAUUACCUACUCCAGUUUCAUGGUUUAUUCUCAGAAAAGAAUACAGGCCCAUACUGCUUGGGUGUCCCAUGGUAAAGGGGGAAAAGCCUAAAAAACUAGCAGAGAAAUUCUAGUACCCUCUGGAGGCCAGCAGGAGCCGGUCUUCUAACCCUCACCCAUGCAGAGCCAGUGCGCCCGUCCUUCCUGUUCCCUCACCAGUAAGAACCCAAAAAUGUCUUUCCUUAUUCUCUGCCAGUCAUCUGCCUGUCAGCACCUCCUGUCACUUCUGUCUCUAAAGUAGAAAGACUCACAGCGUCAAGAGUGGUAGUUUGUCCUUGUUUUAGAUUGUCUUCAUCUUCUCAACAGAGAAUAUCAGUAGAUCAGACGUCUCCGUCUUUUUAGUGUUUUUAACAUUUUGCAAUUAUAUAUUUGAUUCUGUAUUCUUUUUUCUUGACUAUUACAGAGUCCAUAAUCUUAUUAUAAUGAAAAUGAUCUGCCCUGAAUUAUACUUGACUACAUUUAAUUUGAGAACUUGAAGCUUGUUGUUUGGUAGCUGCUGUGGAAUGAGGUUCUGAGUAUUAUGUCCGUUCCUUGUGCUAUUUGUUAGCUGUAGCCCCAGGACCUUAACUCUAGCACAGCAUAUAUUCGGGUUUGUGAUUAUCAUGUGAAACCCCAGGCAGAGCAGAGUGUCUGUUCCCUACCAGCCCUUCUCCAGAAAACUGUGAUCAUUAGAAAUAGCAACUUUGAUUUCUGGUACAAAACGAAGCUUGUGAUGUCUUCACAUUAACAAAAUACUCUCCGAACCAAAGAAUGCGCACUUCUGCAGUGGCUUCCCCAUUACAGUGUCAGCUGUGUCAGCUGCUGCUUCUCUAGUGUUAGCAACACUUUGGAACUUGUCCCAUCCUCAGUUUAGUACAACUGCAUUAUUUUCUGGUCCCUAAAUAAUCAUUACCGGUUGUACGCAGCCCAUCCCUGGCCCUCUCUCCUCCAUAGUCCUAAUGCAUUCCAACUAUCCUGUGGCCUUAAAUAAGAAAGUUUUCUUAACUUUUUCUAUCAUAAUUAUUUCUCACAUUUUUUCCUGAUGGUAGUGGCAGUAAUAUUAUCCCAGUGAAUAAAUAUGCACCUAUGGAAAUAUCCUGUAAAUAGCAUUCUAUUUCUGUCUGAUAAAAGAUGAGGAGUGUACACAGUACUGACUGUUCUGCACCUUAGUUAUCCAGUCAUCAGUUGAUCCUUCAGGCCAAGCCAUAGCCCCUGUAUGAAAAAGACUGGGAGAAGGUGCUAGGUUAAUUUGCCUGUGGGAGCUGAAAAGUGUGUGCUGAAUACCCUGAAAGUGGAAGCAGCCAUGUGGGACGGGGUGCAUUCAUGCCCCAGCCAGCACAAUUCAGAGAAAUCUGUUCGAGUUCCAGAGCCAUUACCUUUUUUUAAAAAAAAAAUGUUAUUGAUUUGUGAGGGAGAGAGGGAGACAGGAGGAGAGAAAGGGAAAGAGAGAAACAUCAACCCAUUCCACCCAUUUACACACUCACUGGUUGAUUCUUACAUGUGCCCUGAUGGGGGAUCAGACCUGUAUCCUUGGCACUCUAAGCGACUGAGCUACUCGGCCAGGGCCCAGAGGCGUUACUUUUUACCUUUUCUCAAGUUCAGCCACCAUCCUCGAGGACAGUGUUUUUCAAACUGUAAGUCUUAACCCAUUAGCGGGCCAUGAUAUCAAUGUAAUAGCUGAAGACCAGUACAUUUUAAAAG